UGAAGGCUUGCUUUAGUUAGUAUAUGACUUUAUUUUGUUUCCUUUGCAACUUUUCCCAAGUUCCUCAUUUUGCUUUAUUGAACUUUUUCUUUCUAGGUUUCUGUUUCUUGAUUUCCGUAUUGAUCACUCUCUAGCUACUUGGUCGAAAGCUUUAUUACACAGUAAUGAAUAUAAACCCUUUUCGACAUAAUUUUUAAUUCUGCUUUGGCAUCUUUCUGCCUUAUUCCCCAGCUCUCCACCUCUCUGACUAGUGGUUGGAUAAAACCAAGCUUUGUUCUCAAAUCCACGCAUUAAAGCUGACCCCAUGCUUUAACUGAUUUAAAAAAAAAAAAAAACUGACCCCAUUCUUUAAAUUCAGUAUCUAUUCAUUAGAUUAGACCCAUUUAUCCUUGAGUUGUUUUGACGGCAUUCAAGCAUAAUCUAGAGAGCAUAUCCGCGAAGGGAUUAUGAGGUGGUUGAAAGGUGCGGAUUUCGCUGCUGCCGUUUUCUUGUUAUUUGCUGUGCUUUUGAUGGAUUCAGCAAGUGGAAUUGGAGUUAAUUGGGGAACCCAGGUAAAGCGCCCUCUGCCAGCUGCAACCGUGGUGAAGAUGCUCAAGGAAAAUGGUUUUCAGAAGGUUAAGCUCUUCGAUGCCGAUUCCACAAUUUUGAAUGCCCUGAGAAAUUCAGGGAUUCAGGUGAUGGUGGGUAUUCCAAACGACAUGCUUUCUACUUUGGCUCAUAGUGUGCAAUCAGCUGAGAAAUGGGUUGCCAAGAAUGUGUCGGCACAUGUCUCUUCCAACGUAGAUAUCAGGUACGUUGCAGUUGGGAAUGAGCCAUUCUUGUCAACCUACAAUGGAAGCUUUGAAGGAUUAACCCUUCCGGCCCUUCAAAAUAUCCAGGCUGCCCUUGUAAAAGCUGGUUUGAGCAGUCAGGUUAAAGUCACUGUGCCCCUAAAUGCUGAUGUAUACGAGAGUUCAACAAAUAUCCCUUCUCAAGGUGACCUUCGUGCAAACAUCCGUGAUAACAUGGUGCAAAUCAUUAAGUUCUUGAACGACAAUGGAUCUCCUUUUACUGUCAACAUAUACCCCUUUAUCAGCCUCUAUGGCCAUACCGAUUUCCCUUUUGACUAUGCUUUCUUCAACGGCUAUUCAUCUCCCAUAACUGAUAACGAAAAAAUCUAUCAAGACAUGUUCAGUGCCAAUUAUGAUACCCUGGUAUGGACCUUACAGAAAAAUGGCUUUGGAAACAUGUCUAUAAUAGUUGGAGAAAUUGGAUGGCCUACUGAUGGAGAUCAAAAUGCAAACAUACAGAAUGCUCAGAGGUUCAACCAAGGCUUCAUGUCUCGUUAUAUAUCUGGGCAGGGAACUCCGAUGAGAUCCGGCCCCCUAGAUGCAUACAUAUUCGGCCUCAUAGAUGAAGAUGGCAAAAGCACUGAGCCAGGAAAUUUUGAACGCCAUUGGGGGCUGUUUUUCUUCGAUGGAAAACCCAAAUACCAGCUUAAUCUUACGGCCAACUCGAACGGAUUGGUAGCAGCAAGUAAUGUAAAAUAUCUGGCCCAGCAAUGGUGUGUCCUGUCAUCCUCUGCUAGUCUUGAUGACCCGCAAGUUGGCCCUAGUGUCACCUACGCUUGUGAAAAUGCUGAUUGCACUAGUCUUGGAUAUGGGACUUCAUGUGGAAAUUUGGAUGCUCGGGGAAACAUCUCUUAUGCAUUUAACAGUUACUAUCAGAUGCAGAAUCAGCUUGAGACCGCCUGCAAGUUUCCAAACCUUUCGGUUGUCACACAUACAGAUCCAUCACCAUCAUCUGGUGAUUGCAAAUUUAUGAUCAUGAUUGAUACGCCUGUGGUAGUGGGGACUAGCGUUGGAUCACUUCAAAAGUCUGUUAGUUUUUUGCUGUUUCUGUUCUUGUUUGUCUCUACAAUUAUGUGAUUUUGCGGAUAUGUAGCACACUACUGGCUUCAAUUUGUUUUAUUUGUAUAUAUUGAAACUUUA